AUGGCACUUAUCCAAACAACAUCGAAUGGACUGAUGAGCACCAGCCCUGCCAAGACGCGGGCGUCUCCCGCUCUUCUCGUAGUUGCCAUCGAGGGCCGCAACUUCGUGUCGCUGGGGCUGCGACCCGACGCUCUGCGCACCAUGCGCUACUACUGCCAAAUCGUAAUCGAGGACGUUAAAACGAGCGACAUCCUGCUCAACGUGCGCACCAAUCGCGUGCAGCGCGGCCAGACCAACGUCGUGUGGAACGAAGAGCUCUACUUUGAGUUCCCGCCAGGCCGCAAAAAGAAGGACGUCGAGCUGAAGGUGAUGUGCUUUGAGCACAGCCCGCUGCACGACCACUUCCAGGGCGAGGUGGUGCUGCCCCUGGGCCACCUCCACCGCCACCGUGCGCUCGAUCAGUGGUACGCGCUGGCCCGACGGGACAAGAAGCCCGUGCGCGGUGAAGUCCACCUCAAGCUCGAACUGGGCGUCGAUGUGCCCGAGAACUACGUACGACGGCCGAGCUCCCUGGACGGGAGCGAUCCGACCGUGCGAGCGUCUAUGCCCGUCGGCCUCGACAUGGCCUCCUUUCGAUCGGCCGACGACAAGCGCGCGCUCGCGCUGUCGUCGCCCGACAAGAAGUUCAAGAAGAGCUUCAAGGGGUUCCGCGACAAGUUCAAGAAGACGACGCAGGGCGUGCGGGGCUACUUCAGCGAGGCCGACGACGGGAGCGACGGCCAGGCCUCACCGCUGGUGGGAAUGGCCGGCGGCGCGGUGACGGAGGACGAAGCCGGCCGGCUGCGGGACAUGCGCGAGAACGUGGAUCUCGACCACCUGCUGCACCACCGUGCCGGCGAAAGAAGCAACAGCGUUAGCAGCGACGGAUUCGUGGACGACGAGGAAAGCGUGGGCGACAGCGACCACUCCGAGGGCGGCGGCGGCAGCAAGAUUAUCAAGCGCAAGUCGGGAAAAUCGUCCAAGCGCACGAAGAAGCGCAAGGAGGGACAGCAUCCUCGCCACCUGAUCAAUUUUGACGACCUCGAAGACGGCGGCAGCGGCAUCAACGGCUGGCGCUCGGACGGUUCGGCGCCGUCGUCUCCCCGCUACGCGGUGACCACGGACGAGAGCGGCGAGGUGCUGGGCGUGAUCACCCCCACCACGCUCAUCGAGCACUUCGAGGACGAGGAGGAGGAGGUCUGUUCCGAGGGCGAUGUGUCCAUGUCGGCCUCUGCGGACGUCUACGAAGGCGCCGACGGCAGCAGCAGCCUCGGCGACCUGGUAUCGUCCCAGCAGGCCUUCAGCACGGCGAGGGGCGACAACAUCAAGAAAACGAAGAAGACGACAAACAAAAAGAAGAACAGGCUUCGGGAGCCGCUCGCGGUCAUCAUCGAGGAGAGCGGCGGGUCCGCUACCAGCAGUGACCAAGAGGAUGGCGGCUUCGGCAGCGGCGGCCCGACGCCAUCGCCAUUCAAGAAGACCAUCAAGCGAGGCGGCCUGGUGGCGAGCGACGAGACCGGAAGCCCAGCGACCAUCGCAGGGCCAUCGCAGGGCCGGCGACCGCGAUCGGCCAGCGAUUUUGUCAUCCCGCGGCUCAAGCUGAGCGACGAGAUCGGCGGCUACGACAGCAGCGCCGGCAGCAAGGGCAGUCGACGGCGGCAGAAGAAACUCUACGCCUCGUCCCAGCGCCUGGCCUUGUUGAACAGGUUCCCCACCUACGAUUCCAAGUCGAAGGCGACGAUCAUCAGCCAGCGGCAGCGCGCCUACCAUAUCUGGCUUGAUUCGUACCAUCGCGACAUGGACGACUUUUUCGACGACACCAGGGACUGGAAGGCGCCCAUCGGCAUGCAGGAUAGCGAUAAGUUGGAUUAUGUGGCGCUGGCGCAAGAGUGGAAGCGACCAUGGCAGAAGGACAUGGAGCAGGCCAGGGAGACGAAGGACAACCUGCAGGAGGUGAUCAACGACGAGAUGGAGGACAUGGAGGGCAUCAUCCGCAAGAUCAACGACAAGGCCGGCUCGCACUUUGAGCAGACGACGCUCUACUCCCAGUCGGCCGUGAGCGCCAUGCGCGACAUCGCCAAGGAGACGCGCAAGAGGCAGCUGCAGGAGCAGGCCAAGCAGAAGAAGGAGGAGAAGAUGAAGAAGAAGCGAGACGCCGCCGCCUCAUCGACGUCGCCAUCGUCUUCCCGACGCAUCGGCCCGCUCAUGCCCACGCCCUCGAGCCCGCCCGAGAGCACCGGCUAUCGGCCGGUCAUCGUACUCCUGGCCACCCUCCUCAUCUUGUACAUACUCAACACUUUCAUGUAA